AUGGACAGAGCGAACUCAAGAGUGUUGAAAAAUCCAGAAGAAAAUCUCGAAUUGUUUACGUUAAUAUGGCUCGAUGCAAAUGUUAACAGUACAGCGGAAAAUGUAGAAACAGCAUCUAAACUACGACGUAUUAUCAAUUUUUUGAAAUUAUUUGAUAACGUCAGUGACUGUGAAUGGUAUAUUAAAGACAUAAAGCAAGAGAAAGUGGUUCUCAUUGUCAGUGGAAGUUUAGGGUCAAACAUAGUACCCAAUAUACACAAUCUACAACAGGUGGAUUCAGUCUAUGUUUAUUGUACAGAUAAAGUAAAGAAUCGGCAGUGGUCAGAAAAGUACAAAAAGGUAGUGGAUGUUAUAACUCAGCCUGAUGAAUUGGUAACCAAAAUUUCCAAAGACCAACUAUAUCGUAACAAAGUAGAAGAUCUACCGUCAGUCGCUGUCUACGAUCAAACACAUAAAAAUCUAUCAGCAGAAAACGGAAAUUUCAUUUGGUUUCAACUGUUUAUUGAGACGUUAGUUCGGAUGGAUAACAAAAAAGCUAAUCACAAAAUACUGUCACAGCUAAUGACACAACACUACGCUGAUCAAACGAUAAUAGACGAGUUUGUUUUGACAUAUCGGCCUGAGAACGCCGUGUGGUGGUACUCACGGCAGAGUUGCAUCUACCGUAUUCUGAAUAAAGCAUUACGAGUUCAGAACAUGGACAUGUUAUUUAAUUUUCGAUUUCUGAUCGCUGAUAUUCUGGAUCAGCUCAAAGCUGAACAAAAUAAUUUCAAAGAAUCUAAAGUAAAGUUGUACCGUGGUCAAACAAUGUCAUUGGCAGAAGUCGAGAAAAUGAGAAAAAGUAUUGGUCAAUUAAUAUCGAUAAACUCCUUUUUUUCGACAACUUUAAAUCGAGAUAUAGCUCUUCCGUUUACCAAAUCGAUUAGGGAGUUUAAAGCGGACAUCCAAUCUGUUUUAUUUGAAAUUGAAGCAAAUACCCGUUUAAAAGAGACAAAACCAUUUGCUCUUAUAAACCAUUUGAGUUUUGAUGGAAAAGAAGACGAAGUUUUGUUUAUGCUCGGCUCAAUAUUUCGACUUGUAUGUGUUGAAUUUGAUGACAAGAAAAAUAUAUGGAAAAUCAAACUAGUACUGCAAAGUGAAAAUGAUCACGAACUGAAGACUGUUUUAAAUCACAUGAAAAAGGAUAUGGACGACAAAACUAGCCUCUUGUCACUUGGCAUACUGCUCUCUAAUAUGGGCGAAUUAGAUCAGGCACAAAAAUAUUUUUAUUCUGUGAUAGAUGACCUGUUAGAAGCCGAGGAUCAACAAAUAGCUUCUUGUUAUCAUGAGCUCGGAAAAAUUGCUCGUACAAAGGGUAAUUACGAUGAUGCUAUAUUUUUAUUUCAAGUAUCUCUUGAUCUAAAAUCAAAAUAUUUUGCAAUUAACAGUACAUCAAUGGCAACAACUUAUGCGAACAUUGGUAACACUUAUAUGUGCAAAUGCGAAUACGAAUUAGCACUAAAGAACUACACCCGUUGUCUUGACAUUUUCCUGGCCACGAUCGGGCCAAAUGAUGUGAUGACAGCGCAAGUUUAUCAUAAUAUCAGCAGCAUAUAUCGACUUCAAGGGAACUUUGAUCUAGCGAGAGCAACUCUUGAGAAAUCGUUGAAUAUUAUAUCAAAUAAAUUACCAACAGACCAUGCGGAUUUUGCUCUUCUUUAUGUGAGCUUCGGUGAACUUUACAACAAUCAACUAGAUUACAAACAGGCAAUUUGCUUUUACAAACGAGCGCUGGAUAUUCAACAAAAAACUUUGCCCAAAAAUCAUAAAAAUAUCGGCAAGACUUAUGGUUCUAUUGCUGACUGUUAUUCCGGUGCUUCUCAAUACAGUGAGGCAGUAGAAAGUUUUCAGAUGGCUUUGAAAAUAUGUCAGAAUGCUCUGCCACUAAGUCAUCCACGUAUAAAGCAAACGGAAGACCGAAUCAAGAGCGUCACAAUUGAAGAUGAAAUUGAUCAACGUCAAUGGUGUGCAGUCACUUACAAUAAUGCACCAUGGUUAAAAAUAUAUGAUAUCAUAAUGAAUUUUCUCAAUAUAAUUGCACCAUUUACAAUUAAUUUAAUAUCAACCAUUUUAAUUCUUCAUCGAGUAACACAAUCAAAAAUAAAUGUUAAAAAACAAGAAAAAUUUUCAAAUAUUAUAGAACAACAAUUGAUGUUUCAUAAACAUUUAAUUAUAAAUCCAUUAAUUUUAAUUACACUGACAUUUUCACGAUUAAUUAUAUCAUUAGUAAGUGUUUGUGGAAAAGAAACAAAAUUAUCAUACGUAAAUUUAUUUGGAUACUUUAUAUCAUUUUUACCACCAGCAUUAACAGUUUUCGUUUUUGUUACACCGUCAAUUACAAAUAACAGCGAAUUUAAAACAUUUUUUAAACGUACUCGAACGUUUAAAUGGUUUACAACAUUAAAAAAUCGAUUUAUCAACGCUUAA